CGCAGCUGACGUGCGCCGUUGCCGUGGUGAUGAGUCUGUCGGGCCUCAGGCUGGCUGAGCGGCGGAUUUGUGCGGCGCCGUCGGCGGGCGAGGAGCAGCGGGAGUCGGGGGGCCGCGUUAUCCGAAUCCGACAUGGCUGAGCUGGGAUUAAAUGAACAUCAUCAGAAUGCAGUAAUCAGCUACAUGCGCUUUGCUCGUUCAAAAAGAGCACUGAGAUUGAAAACCGUCGAUUCUUGCUUUCAAGACCUGAUGGACAGCAGACUGACUGAAGACACAUUCACUGUGGAUGAAGUGACAGAAAUUCUAAAUGGACUGAAGGUUGUUGUUCAUAGUGAGGUAGAGUCCGAGCUCAUCAACACCACUUACACUAAUGUGCUGCUACUGCGUCAGUUGUUCUGCCAGGCUGAGAAAUGGUACCUGAAGUUGCAAACGGACAUUUCUGAUCUGGAAAACAGAGAACUCUUGGAACAAGUGGCAGAAUUUGAAAAGACAGAAUUUACUUCAUCAGGAAAAAAAGCAAGCACAGAAAUCAGUAAACCAAAACUUGCUCCUUUGAAUGAAGGAGGAGUGUCUGAACUCUUGAGCAAGGAAAUUACACGACUCCAAGAGGAGAAUGAUAAGCUGAAGGCAAGACUGAAAUCUAUAGAAGCACAGGCCACAAAUGCACUGGAUGAAAAGUUCAAAUUAGAGCGGGUUCUUAAGGAUUUAGAAAAAGCCCAAGGGGACCAAGAGUCCAAAUUGAAAACACAGGAGGUUGCUGAUCUUGAAGCAACAUUGGCAACACUGAAGGCUGAUUUUGAGAAGAGCCUGAACAUGAGCAGUGAGAACCAGAAGAGUUUAGAAAAUAAUCUCAUUGCCACCAAACAUGAUCUGCUAAAAGUACAGGAAGAUCUCUUGUUAGCUGAGAAGGAAUUAGAGAAGAAGUUCCAGGAAACAGCUGCUUACCGCAACAUGAAAGAAUUAUUAACAAAGAAGAAUGAGCAAGUGAAGGAACUACGCAAACGUCUUUCACAGUAUGAAGCAGAAGACUAAAGACAUUUUGGAUUCUUGUCAAGGUGCUUUGGAAAAUAAAUUUUAAUUAGCUGCUUUUUCAUGUUUGGGGGAUUUUAUUUAGAAUUGUUUCUUCUAACAUUUUUGCUUUAAAUUAAAAACUGUUACAUAUAUUUUAAUGUCUUCGGUCCUUAUAAUUUUCUUGUAAUCAGUUUCAUUUCUAGGUGCAUGCAUGUUAGUGAUGCUGCAACCAAUAAUCAUGAAUUACUAGUCACUUCUAUUGACGCAACAGAUGGACAGAGAGUACCAUCAUAAAGAUUAAAUCAAAACAAUGAAUUACCCCAUCAUAUAUGCUUGAGUGAAUGAACUUGCAUAUAUACAGCACCUUAUUAUGUUCUCAGACAGACAGAUUAGUUUAUAUCCAAUAAGUCUACCUGAAGUGCAGGCACUUACGUAAUUGAGAGAAACUGAAGAGCCAUUUUUUUCAUGUUGACACUUGUGGGAAUUUCAUGGUCAUGAUUUCACAGUCAUAACUUAAUUAUGAUUACCAUUUAGAGCAUAGUGAUUAAAUGUGAUAUUGCCAAGUCUUUUACAAUACUUUUAAUUGCAGAACCAGCUUCACAGAAAGAAACCUUCUUUGAGAUGAACAUCUUUGCCAGUAUAUUAUUUUGUCAUGCAUUGAGUGGCUAAGAGCUUUUAGGAGAUAUUAUUAAAGCCUUUUUUUUCCCAUCAGUUAUGUAGACUUUAGAGCUAGUACCAUAUUUCUUUUGAAAUUCAGUGCAAUUUGCUGUGAAAUAUUGUCACACCUCUAAAUAAUAAAUAUAUUUCUGGUUUGAAAGUUGGCACUUACAUUGGUCUUUGUAUUCAUCUAUGAAGACUAAAAUAUAUUAAAAAGUUAAUUUUCU